UAUGUCUAGACACCACUUUUUGCAAUUCGAAACUUCACAAUUUCGUCUAAAAGUACUUAAAACUACAAAGUAUCCAACUUUUAGCCAAGAAAAUAUUUUGACAUUGCAUAAAAAUAAUGGGCCACAGCAAGAAAAUUUAAGUGAUAACCAAAAUUGGCAACAUAAAAAUUAUGAAUUUGGAUAUAGCAAUACUUCAGACUAG